AGUCCUGUAACAAAUACCAAAGAGAAAAUAACAUAUAAGGAACUUCUUGAACAGGUCUCCAAGUUAGCUGAUGUCAUGGUCAGACAUGGUGUGAAGAAAGGAGAUCGUGUGGUCAUCUACAUGCCCAUGAUUCCACAGACAGUGUACUGUAUGCUGGCUUGUGCAAGAAUAGGAGCCAUUCAUAGCCUGAUUUUUGGUGGAUUUGCAUCUAAAGAGCUUUCUGUUCGCAUUGAUCAUGCAAAGGGCCAUGUUCCUCUUGUCCCAGGUCGCGAUCUUGACUGGGAAGAAGAGCUUGCAAAAGCACAGUGUUAUAAAUGUGUCUCCGUUCCCUCAGACCAUCCACUUUAUAUUCUGUAUACAUCUGGAACAACAGGCUUGCCCAAGGGUGUUGUCAGACCAACAGGUGGCUAUGCAGUUAUGCUGAACUGGACAAUGUCAGCUGUAUAUGGACUCAAACCUGGUGAGGUGUGGUGGGCAGCUUCUGAUUUAGGCUGGGUUGUUGGUCAUUCCUACAUUUGCUAUGGACCUCUCCUUCAUGGGAAUACUACAAUUUUGUAUGAGGGGAAGCCCGUGGGAACGCCAGAUGCUGGUGCCUAUUUCCGUGUGCUAGCAGAGCAUGAAGUAGCUGCCUUCUUUACUUCACCAACUGCAAUUAGAGCAAUCCGUCAGCAGGACCCUGAGGCAGCCUUGGGAAAGCAGUACUCUCUGAAAAGGUUCAGAACAUUAUUUGUAGCUGGUGAGCACUGUGAUGUGGACACGCUAGAAUGGUCAAAAAAGGUCUUCAAGGUACCUGUCUUGGACCACUGGUGGCAAACUGAAUCUGGUUCUGCAAUUACUGCUUCCUGUAUUGGUUUGGGGAACUCUACAACACCUCCACCCGGACAGGCAGGAAAACCAGUGCCAGGAUACAAUGUGAUGAUUCUGGAUGAAAAUAAGGAACUAGUGAAGGCGAAGACUUUAGGAAAUAUUGUGGUAAAGUUGCCUUUGCCUCCUGGAGCAUUCUCAGGCCUUUGGGAAAAUCAGGAAACAUUCCAGAAGUUAUUUUUCCAAAAAUUUCCAGGAUAUUAUGAUACUAUGGAUGCAGGUUAUAUGGAUGAAGAUGGCUACUUAUAUGUCCUGUCUCGAGCUGAUGAUGUGAUCAAUGUUGCCGGACACAGAAUUUCAGCAGGCGCGAUUGAAGAGUGUGUUCUCUUCCAUCACGCUGUGGCAGACUGUGCUGUUGUGGGCCAGGAGGAUCCUUUAAAAGGACAUGUUCCAUUUGCACUGUGUGUACUGAGAGAAGGUAUAAAGACAGAAGAGGAGAAGAUUCUGGAAGAGAUUGUCGAGCGAGUUAGAACUAACAUUGGUCCAGUAGCAGCUUUCCAGAAGGGAGUGUUUGUGAAACAGCUACCAAAAACACGCUCUGGCAAGAUACCACGUUCAGCUCUUUCUGCGCUUGUCAGUGGAAAGCCAUAUAAGAUAACACCGACCAUUGAAGAUGCUAGCAUGUUUAAACACAUUGAAGAAGUGCUAAGGAAAAAUUAAAUGGGGUAAUAGGUUGAUAACAAACAUGUCAGUUACUGAAGUAUACAAAGAGACUUUCUGUUAGAAAAUACCACAUUUUAAAAACUAGUGAUGAUUUGGGACUAAAUUUUUUUACUUCAGAAAUGUUACUGUGUUCUUUACCGUAUUGUCACAGCCAAUGAAGCGUAUGGAAGUCUCUGGAUGUUGUCAUUAUAUGGUGGAUAUUAAGAUUGCUAAGAAUUGCAAAUAGAAUUCAUACAUUUAUAUAGCCUUAAAGUGAAGGAGUGACUGGAUUAUCUCAUAUGAUGUCAUGUAACCUUACAUUUCAAUCCAUUAUUCUAUGGUGUGACCAGUAACUUGAGUUGCUAAAACAGCUCACAAAAGGUAAGUCAUGAACUGAGGACAGCAAUAAAUAGGAAUUCUAAUAUGAAAAUUAUUGCAGACGUAAAUUGUCAACAAAAAAGUCCUUUCUAAAUUAUGAACCUUUAUGUCUUUUAAAUUUUUAUAAGUUUUAAAAUUUUUAAAUUAGUUUUCUUGAGUCCAUUGAUCUUUUUUUCUAAGUCUUUCUGCUAUAAAUUAGAUUCCUUUAAUUUUUUUACUCAAUAACUUUCUGAAGUGUCUUUUUUGUACAAUGAUAGAUAAUUUCUGGCUUUCAAAUCUGUGAAAAUCUUGAUUUGUCCAUGGUAAUAUUCAAUAAAAAACAUGUAUUUUAAAUAAAGGCAGGCAUUUACCC